AGAACACGACCCUUUAAAAGGGUGAGGCUUUUUCUUAUUUAAAUAAAUGUAAGUACGUAACUUCCCAAAAACCAAACUAAUCCCUCUUGUUUCGGAACAUCAAAUCUGAAUCCACUCUUACUUAUCCCCCAAAUCCCCUUUUGCUCUAUUAAAUUCCGGGAAAACAACUUUUUUCUGUUAUACAGAUUCAUCAUUCAACAGUUUUCCCGGAAAAUCUGCCAAUAUGGCAUCGUUAAAGAUUCAUCCCACAACCCAUUCAUUCAUUCAUGUAAACAAAUCCAAUCCAAUUCUUGAUUUUAACACCAACACUUCUCUAAGGGUGUCUUCUCAUCGUGUUUCUGCUUCUCUGUCUCUAUCAAAUCCACUUUCUAAAUCAGGCGGAGUUAUCAAAGAUGAUGAUAAAAAAACGGAAAGUGUAAUAUCAGGAAAGAUUGACGAAUGGAUGAAGGAAUCAAUGGUGGAUAUAAUCAAGAACUUAAAGGAGGCGCCUUUGUUAGUACAUGUAUACGACGAUAACGGAAAAGGUGAAGUGAAAAUCAAGACAGAAAAAGCAAAAGUAGAAGAUUGGCCUGUGGUGAAGAAUGAAUGGGAAAGUGGAAAGAAAAGAUCUCCUGAUGGUCUUAUAUUUGUUGGAGAACUGGGAACUAUGGAAGAGAAAAUUAAAGUUGGAGAGGAUGAAGGGAUAACGAAAGCAUGGGGAGUUGUUGUACAAGGUAAAGGGGUUGAAUGUUCACCAGCUUGUUAUUUGUUGAAGACAAGUAGAGUUGGUGCUGGAUUUGGAAUGGGAUUGUUUAGUACUCAUUUCUGUUUAGCAAGAGUGCAGAAUUUUAGGGAUAGUGCUCUUGUUCAGUUUAAAAAUUCUUGGUUGUUGCAAUGACUCUGAUCAAUUUCCUGAUUACAACUAAGAUUGUGGAAAUGUAAAGAUAAUAAUAGUAUUAAUGGAUUGUUCUCUCAA